UUUCAAAAAAACUCUGGGCAUAUGUUGAAUGCUGAUACCAUAUGUGUGAAAGUUGGCAUCUUUGUUUCUCUAUCAUACAUAUAUGACCCUAAAUUGGUACCCUUCUAAAGUUCUAAAUAUCUUUGUCAUUAUAUGCUUCUAAUUGGAUGAAAUUAGUCAACCCAGGAUGGAAUCUUAUCCUAAUGUAAUCUUCAAGAUUUUGUAGCUGCAAAGCUGUACCCUGUUUAUGGAUAUGAAUGUAAUUCAUAUGUCACUUGGUGGAGCGAAUUUCAGUCAAUCUUGUUUCCUUUGUAAGCUAAGGCUGUGUUUGGGUGAGUAGGAGAGAUAGCAGGACCAGCCAUGGCACUGAGCUCUCUCCGCCUUCACCGAACACUAAGCAGCCUCUCCACCCUCCAUACUGUUCUUCCUAUCCUCUACUCCAGUCCCCCAACACCUAUAUCGUCUACUCAGUCCUGGACCUUUACCCAAUCUCGGCCUUUUGGCUUUUUGUAUGGCAGAAAGGGUGGGGUUACAAGCAGCGGCUCCUUGUCAUGGAUUUUCGGCAAGACCCAAAGCCUUGGCCUGAGGAGAUGGGCAAAUAUGGCUUUCUUAGCAACUGCUGAAGUUUGUGAUACAAAUACAGCUCUUUUGGGAAGUGGAGACCUGCGUGUCCUGCCACCAAUAUUUCAGAUGUAUGGACAAAGUCGAGCAUUCUCAGGCCCCAUUUCCACUGUUAAGGUUUUUGAGGAUAACGUUUUAGUUAGAGAGCUUCUCGAAACCAGAGGCGAGGGAAGAGUUUUAGUUAUUGAUGGGGGAGGAAGCAUGAGGUGUGCUUUAGUUGGAGGGAACUUGGGACAGUUGGCUCAAAACAUGGGAUGGGCAGGGAUUGUGAUAAAUGGCUGCAUUAGAGAUGUAGAUGAGAUCAAUGGAUGUGAUAUUGGGGUGAGAGCUUUGGCAUCUCAUCCCAUGAAGUCCAACAAACGAGGCCAUGGCGAUAAACAUGUUCCGAUCAACAUUGCAGGAACCUUGAUCGGCGAAGGGGAAUGGUUGUAUGCUGAUAGUGAUGGCAUUCUUAUCUCAACAUCUGAACUGUCUAUUUGAAUCAGUAUUGUAAGUUCACCAGUUAAAAAGUCUUGCCAAUAAGAUGAUUUUGAGUUUUGAAGACAAUUGUACUUGGAGUUUGUAAUUUUGCUAACAAAGUUAGCAUCUGAAAUAUGCAUUAUAUUUCUUCCCUUUGUUA